AUGCCUUCCUUCACAUCUACCGCGGCCAUGGCUGCAUUGGUCCUGCAAACAGUGUCCGCAGCAACUGAUACCUUCAACUUCUGCACCGAGAGCAAGUGCUCAAAGUGUCCUGUUCAACUCGGUAGCAGAGGCACGGGUUUCCCCAAGUGCGUCGUGUAUCAGUCAAAGAACAUCUUCCCUGGCCAAGGGUUCAGUGGCUCCAAGGGCGGCGGCCACAAGGUCUACCUCGACGUGGCGCAGCCCGACAAGGACUGCCAGAUCAUCGUCCGCUCGCCAGCAGACACCACCAAGCUAGCCUGCGGCACGUUCAAGGCCAGCUUCUCGCACGCUGCGUGCGCCAUGAUGGACCUGGACAAGACCUUCAUGGUCCAGUACUGCUGCGGCAAGAAGUGCGUGGAUGCCGGAAUCGGCGACGACGACGGCGACAACUCCAAGCUUCGCUACGUCCGCGCCCUCGAUGCCCGCGGCGCCGGCGGCCUCUACCUCCACGACGCGAACGGCACCGUCAUCGAGCCCGACGAGGUCGCAGACAUCCCCACGGCGGUGCCGCGCGCCAUCGAGGAGCGCAAGAAGAAGGGCAAGUGCGACGGUGACUGGAAGCAGACCGAUCACUACACCAGGCCCGCCAACAACGUCCAGAUCGUGCUUGAUGAGGCGACGGGACCCGGCCAAGUUAAGAUUGAGACGACGAGGUCGCAGUCGUGGACGCAAAGCUCCGGCAUGAACCUAGGUGUUGCCGACAUCCUGUCGCUCGGCGCAAGCAUCACGCAGGAGGAGACAGAGGAGAAGAGCGACAACACGGGCUACACCUUUAACCUCGAAGAGGGUCAGAGCGGAUCGAUCGGCUUUACCUCGACUCUCAAGUGCACCGUCGGCUCCGGUACUUGCAGUGGGAAGACGGUCAAGGGCGAGAUUUGCUGGCCGAUCUACAACAAGAAGACCAAGCAUCUCAAGGGUACCACAUCGGUGAUCACCCACGAUUGA